UCACAUCCCUAGAAAGUAGAAGGUGACUGGUGACCGGAUGUUUUCCUUCCGUUUGUGGUUUAUAAAAUCGAUAAAAUGAACUUAUUGAUUAGGUAACAAUAAACAGCACAAAAAUGCCGGCCUUAGAGCUAACACUGGCUAUACUAAAGCCCCACGUAAUUAAAAACCCCCAUUCAUUAAAAUCAAUUCGAAAGUUAAUUCUAACCUCAAAUUUCAAAAUUGUUCAAUCAAAAAGAUUCACUUUCGACCAGGAGAUUGCGAAAACAUUUUACCUUGACCAUAAAGAUAAAUUUUUCUACAAUAGACUUAUUACCUUUAUGACUAGUGGGCCAUCCGACUUGUAUAUUUUGGCACGUGAAAACGCCAUACAAGAAUGGAGGGAUUUAAUGGGACCUACUAAAACUUAUAAGGCACAAUAUGAAGAUCCCGACACAAUCAGGGGGGAAUUCGGGCUAUCAGACACCAGAAAUGCAACGCAUGGAUCAGACUCUGUGGAAUCAGCAACCAGGGAAAUGAAGUUAUUAUUUCCAGAAUUUAAUGUUUUAAAGUGGCAAGAGAACGAAGAGUUUUACUUUCGUUCAAAUUCCUUAAUAUUUUGUUGCUUUGACUUUGUACAUAAGGUUAAUUAUAAAUAGACAGUUAGUCCUAAGAUUUUAUUGAAGUUAAUAUAACAAUAAAUAAAUUUUAUGUA